UACAAUCUUACCAACUUGCUUAACUCUUUUUGACCUUUGCAAUCAUAACCCAUGUGCAGCAAAUGUCAAACUUUACAACAGUAUAACUAUAACUACAACUAGAACCCUUAAACCCAAAAGAAAUGUGAAAACUAAAAAGCUGAAACACACUCAUUUAAUUCAACACCAACCCCAUUAUCUUUCACCAUUAAUUUCUGCAAAUAAACACACCCAACUUCAACAUCAACCCUAAUAAUAAGAUCUCCCCUCAUCACCUCCAUUUCUUAACAAAUGGAGAAAAAAAAACCCAAUCUUUUCUUACUUUCUUUACUCUUUUUCCUUGCAGUUCAAGGCACCUCAGGAGCUAGAAGACCCACCGGAUCCGGGUCAAACCCAACAACUCUCAACAAUGCAUACAUUGCCCUUCAAGCAUGGAAAUCCGCCAUAAAAGAUGACCCAAAAGGGAUCUUGAACUCAUGGGUCGGGUCAAAUGUGUGUGAUUACAAAGGUGUGUUUUGUGCUGAAAGUGGUAGUACCACAAUAGUUGCUGGAAUAGAUCUAAACCAAGGUAAUCUCGAGGGUAUUCUCGUCAAAGAACUUUCUUUACUAAAAGACAUCUCUUUACUUCACCUCAACACCAAUAGAUUCUCCGGCACAAUCCCAAACACCUUAAAAGACCUUUUUGCCCUUACCGAACUCGACCUCAGUAACAACCAAUUCUCAGGAUCAUUCCCACUCGUCACCUUACAAAUCCCAAAUCUUCUCUAUCUAGACCUCAGAUUCAACCUCUUUUCAGGACCCAUUCCAGACCUCGUCUUCAACAAAAAUCUUGACGCAAUAUUACUCAACAACAACAACUUUGACGGUCAAAUCCCACAGAGUUUACCUAAUUCACCCGCUUCAGUCAUCAACUUAGCCAACAAUAACUUAACAGGUGAUAUCCCAUUUAGCUUUGGGUAUUCUAGUCCAGGAUUAAAGGAAAUAUUGUUUUUAAACAACCGGUUAACCGGUUGCAUACCUCAAGGGGUUGGAUUAUGGUCAGACUUACAAGUGUUUGAUGCUAGUUUUAACUCAUUGAUGGGUCAUUUGCCUGAUUCGGUAUCUUGUUUGGAAGAUAUUGAGGUUUUGAAUGUGGCGCAUAAUAAACUGUCGGGUGAGUUGCCUGAUUUGGUGUGUGAGUUGAAGUCGUUGAUGAAUUUGAGUGUGAGUUAUAAUUUUUUUUCUGGGUUUAGUCAAGAAUGUGCGAAGUUGUAUGGUCGGAAUGUGGUGUUUGAUUUUGCGUUGAAUUGUAUUCCUGGGAGGGAAAUGCAGAGGCCUGAGCCGGAGUGUGAUAUGGUUCCUGGUGGGAGUUUGAGUUGUUUGAGAAUACCUUCUUUAAAGGAUUUGUCUUGUGGGGCAUUGUUAAAGUCUUUGAAUUCAUCAAGAACAUGAGAAAAGUUGUGGAUUUUGUGGUUGGAUUGGUGAAAUAUUUCUGUUGUGAAUUGGUUGAUGUAUUUAGUGUUUAGUUGUAACUCAUUUAUUAUAUGAAGAGAUGGUAGAUCAACAAAGUUAUUGCUAUUAUUUUUA